CCGGGGUCUCCCGGCGACGGCCGUAAGUGACGGACGGAAGCAGCCCACGAGGCCCGCCGUAAACGGCUCCCUCGCGCCACUUCCUGCCGGCUUCCACCGACGGCGCUGGUGGGGGAUCGAGAGGCACCGGAGGUCGUUCCCGGCGGCAGGAGCCAUGGAGAUGCCGCUGCCACCCGACGACCAGGAGCUUCGAAAUGUCAUCGACAAACUGGCCCAGUUCGUGGCUCGCAACGGGCCCGAGUUUGAGAAGAUGACGAUGGAGAAGCAGAAGGACAACCCCAAAUUCUCGUUUCUGUUCGGAGGCGACUUCUACAGUUACUACAAGUGCAAGCUAGCGCUGGAACAGCAGCAGCUCAUCUGCAAGCAGCAGGCCCCAGAGCUGGAGCCAGCCGCAGCGCUGCCACCCCUCACACAGCCCCCGUUAGCCCCUGCUGCACCCAUCCCACCCGCCCAGGGAGCCCCGUCAAUGGAUGAGCUCAUCCAGCAGAGCCAGUGGAACCUGCAGCAGCAGGAGCAGCACCUGCUUGCUCUCAGACAGGAGCAGGUGACAGCGGCCGUGGCCCAUGCCGUAGAGCAGCAGAUGCAGAAGCUCCUGGAGGAGACCCAGCUGGACAUGAACGAGUUUGACAACCUGCUGCAGCCGAUCAUUGACACAUGCACCAAAGAUGCCAUCUCGGCCGGGAAGAACUGGAUGUUCAGCAACGCGAAGUCCCCUCCGCACUGUGAGCUAAUGGCAGGCCACCUCCGGAACCGCAUCACAGCUGAUGGGGCACACUUUGAACUGCGGCUGCACCUCAUCUACCUGAUCAAUGACGUGCUGCACCACUGGGCCCUGACGCGCGGAAGGUCUCUCCCUCACAGCCAGCGCAAGCAGGCCAGGGAGCUGCUGGCCGCCCUGCAGAAGGUUGUGGUGCCCAUCUACUGCACCAGCUUCUUGGCCGUGGAGGAGGACAAGCAGCAAAAGAUUGCCCGGCUCCUGCAGCUCUGGGAGAAGAACGGCUACUUUGACGACUCCAUCAUCCAGCAGUUGCAGAGCCCGGCCCUGGGGCUCGGCCAGUACCAGGCAACGCUUAUCAAUGAGUACUCCUCGGUGGUCCAGCCAGUGCAGCUGGCCUUCCAGCAGCAGAUCCAGACCCUCAAGACGCAGCAUGAGGAGUUUGUCAACAGCCUGGCCCAGCAGCAGCAGCAGCAGCAGCAGCAACAGCAGCAGCAGCAGAUCCAGAUGCCACAAAUAGAAGCUGAAGUCAAGGCCACACCACCACCACCUGCCCCACCGCCAGCCCCUACGCCCGCCCCAGCCAUCCCGCCCACCACCCAGCCUGAUGACAGCAAGCCUCCCAUCCAAAUGCCCGGCUCCUCUGAAUAUGACGCCUCAGGAGGGGUCCAGGACCCUGCAGCCACCGGCCCCCGGGGCCCUGGGCCCCACGACCAGAUCCCACCUAACAAACCACCGUGGUUUGACCAGCCUCACCCCGUUGCUCCUUGGGGUCAACAGCAGCCUCCUGAGCAGCCCCCCUACCCACACCACCAGGGUGGGCCACCCCACUGCCCACCUUGGAACAACAGCCAUGAGGGCAUGUGGGGUGAGCAGCGUGGGGACCCCGGCUGGAACGGCCAGCGCGACGCACCCUGGAACAGCCAGCCCGACCCCAACUGGAACAGUCAGUUCGAGGGCCCCUGGAACAGCCAGCACGAGCAGCCGCCCUGGGGUGGUGGCCAGCGAGAGCCGCCCUUCCGCAUGCAGCGGCCACCACACUUCCGCGGGCCCUUCCCACCCCACCAGCAGCACCCACAGUUCAACCAGCCACCACACCCCCACAACUUCAACCGCUUCCCACCCCGCUUCAUGCAGGAUGACUUUCCCCCGAGGCACCCCUUCGAGCGGCCCCCCUAUCCUCACCGCUUUGACUAUCCUCAGGGGGACUUCCCUGCUGAGAUGGGACCCCCUCACCAUCACCCUGGCCAUCGCAUGCCACAUCCUGGGAUCAAUGAGCACCCGCCCUGGGGGGGACCCCAGCACCCCGACUUUGGCCCUCCUCCCCAUGGCUUCAAUGGGCAACCGCCCCACAUGCGGCGACAGGGCCCUCCCCACAUCAACCAUGAUGACCCCAGUCUGGUCCCCAACGUUCCCUACUUCGAUCUCCCCGCCGGCCUAAUGGCCCCCCUUGUGAAGCUAGAAGAUCACGAGUACAAGCCUUUGGACCCUAAAGACAUCCGCCUUCCCCCUCCCAUGCCACCCAGUGAGAGGCUGCUGGCGGCCGUGGAGGCCUUUUACAGCCCCCCUUCCCAUGACAGGCCAAGGAACAGGUACGGGGCCUGGGGAGACCCAGCAGUGGGGCCAGUGAUGGGAGGGGAGUCUAUCCCAUCUCCCAACCUGUCUUCCCCCAAGUUUGCUUCACAAGAAAGACUCUUAACCAUCCAUACCUUCUACCCAGCAUGGUGUGAGGUCCAGCGAAGGCUGGGAGCAGAAUGGCCUCUACGAGUUCUUCCGAGCGAAAAUGCGGGCCCGACGGCGGAAAGGCCAGGAAAAGAGGAACAGUGGACCCUCGCGGUCUCGGAGCAGGUCCAAAAGCCGAGGGCGCUCCUCCUCUCGCUCCAACUCGAGGUCUUCCAAGUCGUCUGGCUCAUACUCCAGGUCACGGUCACGCUCCUGCUCCCGUUCCCGCUCCUACUCCCGUUCCCACUCCAGGUAGGCAGUACCACCUCUCGGGGACUGAGCCUGAGGCUUCAAGGCUGCCCAGCUGACCCGCUGGGCUCUCCCGCACAACUCUGCCCCAACAGGAGCCGUAGCCGAUCCCGCUCCUCAAGAAGCCGCUCAAGGUCCCGCUCCCGCUCCAGGUCCAAGUCAUACUCCCCAGGCAGGAGACGUCGGUCGCGAUCCAGGAGCCCCACUCCGCCUUCCUCAGCUGGCCUAGGUUCUAAUUCAGCACCUCCUAUACCUGACUCCAGGCUUGGGGAAGAGAACAAAGGACAUCAGAUGCUGGUGAAAAUGGGCUGGAGUGGAUCUGGUGGCCUCGGCGUGAAAGAGCAAGGGAUCCAGGACCCCAUCAAGGGGGGGGACGUGCGGGAUAAGUGGGACCAGUACAAGGGUGUGGGUGUGGCCCUGGACGACCCCUACGAGAACUACCGCAGGAACAAGAGCUACUCCUUCAUCGCCCGCAUGAAGGCCAGGGACGAGUGCAAGUAGGUGUGGUGAGGAGCUAUGCCAUCCGCCGGCAGCUUGGCAAGUGGGACCUUCCUGGCUUAUUGGAUGGUAGGGACCUCGGUUCUCACACAGCCUCCAUUGUUGGGGAGCUACAGAAGAGGACAGCCAUAGCAUACCUAGUGACCAGUGCCAUGCUCUACUGCGGGAGGCACAGGCCCCACCGGCAAACCAGCUUUCACAUAGAAGAAAGAUUCCCAUGAGGACACCCUGCACUCAUUCCCUGGACAGUGAAGCAAGAAACAUGAGCCUCACCCCCUGGACAAGAGUCCUUGCCACCUGUAGGAAGGGAUUUCUCAUCUCUUCCCAGUCAGAUGCGAGUCUCCGCUUAAAUCAGCAAGCGUGUGUGGAGGAGGCCUUGGGCGAGCACGCCAGGUGCCGGACCAGGGGUGCAGCGGCCCAGCUCUGCAAUCUGCACCUCCCACUUACGUCGUGACAAGGCUCAGGCCAGGCGCUAGUACUGCUCACUCUUUAACAAAGGAAAAACAAAACCUUGAUUUGCAACAUUAAACAGGGUUUUCAUUUUUACUCCAAAUGGUUUAGUUUUUAAAAACAUGUUGACCGAAGAUGAACCCCAGUGCGAUAAUUUGAAACUUGAUUCCUCCAAGACAUACUGGCCCUUAGUUAUUUUAGUUAAGUUGAAUUUUUUUUAAAACGUUAGCCAUUUGCUGUUAUUUCCAGAAAGAAAAGGACCUAAGGAGAUGGAUCUGAGACAUCUUCUGGUCACAGAAUGGUCCCCGGGGGGUCUGUGCCCUUAAUGUCUACUUGUGUUUUUCACUUAGAAGAACCCCGACACCAGCACUUGCGUGCAAUAGUCCAUUCAGACCCAGUGUGGGGAGGAGCCACAGGCCAUGCCUCCUGCUCUGUCACUUCCUUUUCCCACCCACCCCCCUGCAACCACAAGGAGGUGGGGCCUGGAGGGAGCCACGGGGGCCACACUGGGAUCAGCUGCACUUAAUAUCUUCAGGCAGCGGGGUGUGGUGCCGUUUAUUUGUACAGAAACAUUUUCAAAAAAUUCUUUUCGAUAAGAUGCAAAAUCCUCCAACUUUUCAACCUGAUGUGAUAAAAUAUUUGAUUUUGUUCUAGGUUUCCUGUAGCUGUGAAUUGUUUAAAUGUGUCUGAUUCAGGAUAUAAAGCAUAAACACGUGCUGUUAACAAUUUCUUGUGGGUUUUACUGUUUUGCCUUCAAAUAAAGACUUUUUCAUAAAGA